CCUUUUGGGCACUACACACUACCCACCACCAUAGCUUUCACCUCUCCACACCCUCACCCCCACCGAACACCCACUCCUCUUUUCAAUUUUCUUUUCUCGGAAAACAAAACAAGGACAAAAAGCAGCCAUUUCGAUAGCAGAGACAAGGAAAGACUGACUCCCUGUGGAAAAAUUCCACCUGCACAAUCAAUCUGUCCGGGCGAACAAAAAAAAAGCCACCCCACCUCCACCAGAAAACAUUCCUCUCGACCUUCCCACGGCACACACCUCCGCGCAAACCCUCGACUCCCACCCGCUCUCCCAGCUCAGAUUUCCCAGCUGCGACUGCAGGAACACACAUCCACUUCGAAAUGGCUCCCGGCGUAGGAUUGGCGCCGGGUCUUACAUCCUUUCUCAAGUCCCUCAAGACAAGUGCCGCUGACCCCUCCGUGGAAUACCUCAUAUCCCUCCUCAAGCGACGACAGAUCAGAAAUUCGCGUCCUUGCGCCAUUGCCACCGCUGCCCUCAUCUCCAAGGUUGUGGGCGAGUUCAAAGGCAAUGAUGCCGCACGACUGCUGGAGCGCAUACGCCAGGUCGGCCGACGGUUGACGGCAGCACAACCCCGCGAGGUUGUCGUGGGAAAUAUCGUACGCCGAGUUCUCGGCCUCGUCAGGGAGGUUGUCGAGGACAAUGUCGAGGAAAAGCUUGCAACCGGGAGCGACACAGGACGUAGCACACCAACACAAUCGCAGGACCUUCCUUCCCGACCGCACCUCAACUCCACCAUAUCCCAAAUGAGCCCUCUCCGCCACGCGGCCAUUGAGCCCAUAGAAACAAGCGCCUACGCGUCCGACAUGUCCGACUCUACCGAUCUCACCAAACGACCGCCUCUGCUCACGUCGCAUACCUCGUACGCCCCGUCAUCCGCCGCUCCACUCGUCAAUUCCCUCUUUGGCUUGUUCUCCCAACCCGCAGAUAGCUCCACUGCAAGCACACCCACAGGACCAAACUCGCCCGAUGGCAGAAGUACCACUCAUAGUCUGAACCUCGACCGCCUGGUGGAUCUCAGCCGAAGCCAACAAUAUUUCGACCUCAAGGGUGAAGUCAUGAGCGGCAUCAUGGAGCUCCAGGAAGAACUCGAGCAGUCUGACAAACAAAUCGCAGACCUCGCUCACGAGCACAUUCACGCCAACGAAAUCAUCCUGACCCACACAGCCUCGACCACUGUGCAAAAGUUCCUUACCAAAGCGGCCAAGAACCGCAAAUUCACCGUCGUACAUGCCGAGACGUACCCCCACGACAACGAGGCUACCCACGAAGUGCUUCUCACGGGUCGCAAGCAGGACGCCGCUGGCAAAACCCAUGACGAUGACGACAAAUGGAAAUGCCUCACUGAACUCGGUAUCCCCGUCUACGUGAUCCCAGACUCACACGUCUUUGCCAUCAUGUCGCGCGUCAACAAGGUCAUUCUUGCCACACACACCGUGCUCGCUAAUGGCGGGCUCGUGGCCGCGGGUGGUGCGCAUCUGAUCGCUCAAGCUGCUAAGAGCCAUCAAACCCCCGUCGUCGUGCUUAGCGGCGUCUACAAGCUGAGCCCUGUGUAUCCCUUUGACCUGGAUGAGCUCAUCGAGUACGGAAACGUCGGUGCUGUGGUUCCGUAUGAAGACGGGGAGUUUGUGGACAAGGUCGAUGUAGAGCAUCCGCUAUACGACUACGUUCCCGCGGAUUUGGUGGAUCUCUACAUUACGAACCUUGGUGGACAUGCUCCCUCGUUUUUGUAUCGAAUCGUCGCCGACCACUACCGUCCUGAAGACACCGUUUUAUAA